CACAUCUCCUGCUGGUUUCCGCUCCCUUUCUCUCCCGUCCAACUAGGGCGAUCUAUCCCAGGAACAACGUCGUAGACUCUCAGCGCCAGUACUUACUUUCCACCGCCUACUGCUCUGAUACACCGUAACACUUGGAAGGGCGACCUGCUUUUCCCAUCCUGGGUCGCGCCUGUAGGUCUUUUAAAAGCAUCCGAAGGCGCAAGAACUUCGACACUACACCACAAUUCCAACCGCGCCGGCCUCGCAACCCUUUCUCCUACCUCCUUUGGCUUCUGCGCUUAACCUGGUAGAUCAGUCUCUGCUGCGUGCUCUUACUCUCACCAGUCUUCCCAUCUCAGCGCGUUAUCCCUCCUCAUCUAAACGGAAUCCGAGAAGAUAGGUCCGCACCCAAGGACACUGACCUUCAGUAAAUUUGACCGUACCAUGGCCGCCAUGGAAGAACUGGGCACAUUGCUGCAGUCUCUGCAAGCGCUCAAGCCUCCCGGAGUUACCAAAAGCAAGAUUGAUGCCAUCACUGCGAAAUGUGUAGAGAAUGUUCAGUCCGACUCCACAAUCGUCCAGAAGAUCGUCCAGCAAUAUCACAACAGCCCCGUCACACACAAGUUAGGCGUAGUAUACGUUCUAGAUUCUGUCACUCGACAAUGGGUAGAGAAGGCAAAGGCAGCGGGACAGGCCAUCAUCAAGAAUGCCGCACCGGGCACUUUCGCUUCAGGUGUACAGAAGGUGACAGACGUGCUUCCUACACUGAUGUCGGAUCUUAUACAGACUGCACCAGACAACCAGAAAGAGAAGAUCUCGAAACUGUUGGACAUCUGGGAACGCGGGCAGACGUUUCCUCUCAACAUGCUUGCCGACUUCAAGCAGCAGUUGAGCGCUUCGCAGAACAAAACCUAUACGCCUCCCGGUAGCCCUCCCAAGGGCCUACUCAACCCCUUUGGACCCAGAAAUCAAGCUAACCCACAGGCUGCAGCCCCUCCUGCUCCUGCUCCUGCUCCUGCGCCAGCUGCUGCGGAUCCCGGCGCGCUUCUUGCUGCUCUUGCAAAGAUGGGUCAGAUUCCCAACACUAACCCUCCCCCAGCAGCACCAGCAAUGCCAGCAGUGCCAACAAUGCCAACAAUGCCAGUCGUGCCAGCGGUGCCACAAGUGCCCGCUCCACCACCAAUGCAAUUCCCUCAAAAUGUAGCAGCGCCUCUCCCUGGAUUCAUCCCCCCUCCACCCGUCCCGGCGACCGGACAGACGUUCCCUCCUGCGCCGGCUGGCGGUAAUGAUAUGAUGCAGCAGCUCUUGGGCGCCAUUGCAACUGGCCUGAUCCCUCCUGACAAGGUUAUGGAUGUCCUUGCUGCUCUUGCACGGGCACAGCAGCCGGGCGCAGCCCCUCUCUUCCCGCCUCCUCCACAGCCUCCAGUCGCAGCAAAUCCACCUGCUGUCCCGCAGAGCGGUCCUCAGCUAGAUCGAUAUGCACAGAACGAUAGUAGAUUCAGGGACCGUAGUCGGUCGCCUGAUUUCAGUCGCCGUGGUCAAUCUCCUGAUCGUAGGUCACCACCUCAUCGUCGCGAUAGCCCCACAUAUGGAGUGUAUGAUCCCAAUGCACGUAACGAUGAGAACGGCCAGAACGGUAAUGGACGUGAACGUGGGCGUGGGAGGGGCAAGAACAAAGGACGGGGCCGCGAUGAGUAUCGCCAACGCACACCACCUGGGCAGCGUCGACAGCCCAGCCCACCCCGUAAUGGUCAGCAACGCUUCCUUGAAUGGGACAACACCUUGCCGCGUGACCACAUCCGAGUCCUUAGUCGGACUCUGUUCGUAGGCGGUGCUGGUGGCACAGAGGCGGAGAUCCGCAAUAUCUUCAGUCGUUUUGGAAAGGUUCAGACUUGUAUUGUCAACUUGAACAAGCGACAUGCUUUUGUAAAAAUGGUUACUCGACGCGAUGCCGUCGCCGCCAAAGAGGGCAUGGAUAAGGUCCAGGAUCCAGCUACGUUGUCAAAAGCCCGGCAGACGCGUUGGGGCGUAGGCUUCGGUCCGCGAGACUGCAGCGACUACACCACUGGCAUCAGCGUUAUACCCAUCUCCCGUCUGACUGAAGCUGACCUCAAGUGGGUCGUGACUGCCGAGUAUGGGGGCACUGGCGGUCGUCCUCUAGAGGGCGGCAUGGUGAUUGAGGAGCCUGACAUCGAGAUUGGAGCUGGUGUCUCCUCUAAGGCUAUCAGCCGACGCGUUCCUCCGGAGCCAGAGCGACGUGGCGGCCACGGUCACGGUGCUCGUGGCGGCGGGACGGGUUUCGACCACGGUCGGUUCCGCAAACAACCACAGCAGGCCCAAGGUGCUGGAGGUGGUGGUCAUGAAGCUCGCCACAUCUCUCCUAGACCCGAGCCUUCCGUUGCUGUUCCUCCCGCUGUCCCCGGCUUCGGCUUCCAGCUUCCGGGUUUCCAGAUGUAGCCCAUGCUUGCUUGCUUCUUCGUAGCGUGCAUGAUGACGACCAUACCCAUUCCACUGCCUUCAAUCAGCCAGUGUUUCUGACUCACAGUGGCUUUUGCCAUCGGGAGGAAAAGUGCAGGUGUCCACUUCCUUGUACCUGUCUUCUACCAGUACUUCAUCGUUUCAGGGGAGCUUGCGGGCGGUUUUCUGAUGACUCCUGCAUUGCAAGGCGUUUGGUUCCUUUCAUACCCGUGGAGGGCAUCCCUGGAUAUCACACCAGGUUCUGGUGGCAUGAACGACAUUGGCUCUCAUGUACAGUAGCAUGUGUGGGGUCGAUCACCCAGACAGUAGUACUCUUCCAUGGUCUUUAGGCCAUGUGCUAUAAUAAUUCGGG